AUGACAGCCCGUUCCUUAUCAAAGAGUUUACUGAUGCGGUUCAAAUUGCAGUCACAGCCCAGUCAACAAUCUUUGGAUACAGAAAUGAGGUGGAGCGAAAAGCAAAGGGAGUUGAUACCAAGACUAGUUCUUGAAGAUGCGGUAUGCAUCAUGCGAAGUCAUAGUGAGGAGCGUAGGGAUGUCGCAGACUCAUACACGGAAGAUGUUCGAGAAGUGGACAUGAGCAUUCUCGGUGAAUACUCAGUUUACGAUGAAAUUGAUUUUGGAUCUUCUGAGUACGGAUUAGACCGAUGUUUUAGCUUCAAGCAAGAUCUGCUUAAGCUGGGGGAGAAGGAGGAGGCGGACUAG